CGCGAGCGCGGGCGGCCGAGGCCAUGGGCCCCCGGAUCCCCGCGCCCUGAGCCGGGCCCGGCCCGACGAUGCUGACGCCCAGGCGGCGCCGGGGGCGCGGCGCGGGGCAGCGCUGAAAGUUGAGCGGCCCGCGGGGAGCGGCGCGGGACGGCCCCGAGGCGCGGAGACCCGGACACCGACGGACAGACCCACCGGCAGCCGGGGAGGGGGGCGGGGCCGGCCCGCCGAGUGCGCGGGGAGGGGGCGCCGGGACUCCCCUCUCCCCGCCCGGGACGCCGCCCGCCCGCCCGCGCCGUGGGAUGUAGAGCCCGCUCGCCGCCGUCUGGACCUUCGUCGGACCCUCCGCCCCGCGGACCGGGGACAGGACGGGAACCCACAUGGAGCUACGGGGCCCAGCACAGUCUCGUAGGACUUUCCACAAUGAUAGAAAAGUUCUGUAUCAACUCCGUCGGGAGAUGGGAGCCAUUAGCCACAAGUGGCUACUGAGCGCUUAAAAUGGGGAGAACUGAAGUUAAAAUCGUAUUUAAUUUUAAGUAAACGCACAAAGCCGCAGGUGGCCGUUGGCCGCUCUGUCGGACAGCACGGGAGGACGGCCAGCCCCAGAGACAGCCAAGAGGGCAGCGGCUGAACCCAGGGAGGCCCUGCGUCUUCCCAGGUGACCACGCCGGCUUCAGGACAUGCACGGACACAGCCGCAACGGGCAGGCCCACGUGCCCCGGCGGAAACGCCGCAACCGCUUCGUCAAGAAGAACGGCCAAUGCAACGUCUACUUCGCCAACCUGAGCAACAAGUCGCAGCGCUACAUGGCGGACAUCUUCACCACCUGCGUGGACACGCGCUGGCGCUACAUGCUCAUGAUCUUCUCCGCGGCCUUCCUCGUCUCCUGGCUCUUCUUUGGCCUCCUCUUCUGGUGUAUCGCCUUCUUCCACGGCGACCUGGAGGCCGGCCCGGCGGCGACGGCGGCAGCGGCGGCGGCGGGGGCCCCGACGGGCAGUGGCGCCGCAGCCCCGACGGCCCCCAAGCCCUGCAUCAUGCACGUGAACGGCUUCCUGGGCGCCUUCCUGUUCUCGGUGGAGACGCAGACGACCAUCGGCUACGGGUUCCGGUGCGUGACGGAGGAGUGCCCGCUGGCGGUCAUCGCCGUGGUGGUCCAGUCCAUCGUGGGCUGCGUCAUCGACUCCUUCAUGAUCGGCACCAUAAUGGCCAAGAUGGCCCGGCCCAAGAAGCGGGCGCAGACGCUGCUGUUCAGCCACCAUGCGGUCAUCUCGGUGCGCGACGGCAAGCUCUGCCUGAUGUGGCGCGUGGGCAACCUGCGCAAGAGCCACAUCGUGGAGGCCCACGUGCGGGCCCAGCUCAUCAAGCCCUACAUGACCCAGGAGGGCGAGUACCUGCCGCUGGACCAGCGGGACCUCAACGUGGGCUACGACAUCGGCCUGGACCGCAUCUUCCUGGUGUCGCCCAUCAUCAUCGUCCACGAGAUCGACGAGGACAGCCCGCUCUAUGGCAUGGGCAAGGAGGAGCUGGAGUCGGAGGACUUUGAGAUCGUGGUCAUCCUCGAGGGCAUGGUGGAGGCCACCGCCAUGACCACCCAGGCCCGCAGCUCCUACCUGGCCAGCGAGAUCCUGUGGGGCCACCGCUUCGAGCCCGUGGUCUUCGAGGAGAAGAGCCACUACAAGGUGGACUACUCGCGCUUCCACAAGACCUACGAGGUGGCUGGCACGCCCUGCUGCUCCGCCCGGGAGCUUCAGGAGAGCAAGAUCACCGUGCUGCCUGCCCCGCCGCCCCCGCCCAGUGCCUUCUGCUACGAGAAUGAGCUGGCCCUCAUGAGCCAGGAGGAAGAGGAGAUGGAGGAGGAGGCGGCAGCCGCUGCUGCCGUGGCCGCAGGCCUGGGCCUGGAGGCGGGCUCCAAGGAGGAGGCGGGCAUCAUCCGAAUGCUGGAGUUUGGCAGCCACCUGGAUCUGGAGCGCAUGCAAGCCACCCUCCCUCUGGACAACAUCUCCUACCGCAGGGAGUCUGCCAUCUGACCUCCAGGCCCCGCCCUCGUCACUUCCCACAAGAGCCUCUGCCGGGGGGUGGGAUGCCAGGACACCCUCUCCACACUCAGGACAGAGCUGACCCUGGCUCCAUGGACCUCCUGGAGGGAGGUGGGGGCUUCAAAGACUGGGGAACCCCUUCCUAUUGACUCCAGAGCCCAGGCCUGGGAAGGGCCCAGGAUCCCCUCUGCCCUGUCAGCCUACCUACUGGCAUCUCGGGGACCCCAGACCCACCACCCUUUUCCCACUGACACUUCAAGGACAUGCCCCCUUUACUCUCAGAACCUUGGGGAAGGCGGCUGGACUGCUGGGGGGUGGGCAU